AUGGCGGGAUUCGAUCGUGGAUCUGGUGGUAACAAGGAACGAGUCUUCUCACGUGAGCCCGUUUCAACUUCAUCUCUUCAACCCAAUGGGACUCCUUCUGUCUUCCUCAAUCUUCCUGCUCCUGGAUUUGUGUUCUUGUUAAAGUUUAGAUCCGUAAUGGUUGUUGAUGUCCAAAUUCUCAAGUGGCGUGUUCAAUUGCUAUUUCCAUCGCUUGUCAGCUCCGAGUUCAAGGUCUUUCUUUGUCGCCGACUCACCAGCUCAUCCGAUGUUCUUUGUCUUCCACAACCCAACCCCACGUGUUCCUGUUCAGUUGUUUUCGGUGAUAUCGCCGAUGAUGGUUUAAUGAUUGCGGCCUUUAUCUCCUGCGGUAGUCGACUCUGUUGA